GCGGGUGAAUGUCAACAUCAGGUAUAUACUUCGUCUUGCUGCGGAUAUUUUGAAAGGAAAAUUUCUGGAGAACUUCGAAUCCAAUCACUAUGGCUGUAAGAAUAUUUCUUCGUAUUAUUUUAUUUCCUCGUUUCAUAAUAAUAAAUAUUUAUAGUCUUCUUGACAAUCCUACUUUUAUUUUCUUUCUCUAGAGUGAUCUGUUGAAAGAGUUACCGUCCUUUAAUGAACAAAAUUUCUCAAAAUUUAAAGCAGAUUCGACAAUGAAAUGCUCGGUAUUAUUAUUAUUAUUAAAACUACAAGAUUUGGAAUAUUUUUAGACGUUUCUUUAAUGUUUAAUGGAUUUUCUUUGCUUUUCUAUAGCAUCACAGACCGAUAGUUUAUCUGCCAACGAAAGACACGUCUGAUGAAGGUAUAAAAUAGCAAUAAAAUACAUGAAAGUUGUCCGCUAUAUUAUAAUAUAAAUUAUAUAUUAAGCAAUUUGUCAUAGGAUUGUGAAAAUUAAAUACAAUGAACUCAGUAUUUGUUCACUGUAGUGACAAGGGCUCAGGCAUUGGGCCAUUCCAUUUAAUAUGUGCACCCCCCCCCCCCCCCCCCCCAUUGAGGGGUCUGGAAAUCCUAUGGGGAGGGAGGGGUUAAUAUUGGUAAUUUCCGAGGGGGUAAAUCAGUCGGUCCCUUUGAUCUUCAAACAACAUAGGCCAAUUUCCAAGGGGGGGAAUGUGUCGGCACUUUGAUGUUCAAUUUCCUAAGGGGGUAAAACUUUUAAGGACCCCUCAAUAGGGGGGUGCACAUAUUAAAUGGAAUGGCCCAUUAAGGCUUGAUUUACACUAUACAACUUUUACAUAAAAUUGUUGCAUGCAACCUGGUUACAACUUGAGUUGUACUGGGCAAAUCAAGCUACCUUGUCGUUGUGAGUUGUGUACUGCUUGAUUCACACUGUAGUACAACUCAAGUUGUAAGCAGGUUGCAUGCGACAGUUUUAGGCAAAAGAUGUGUAGUGUACAACAGCCAUUAGGUAGUAUAAAAAUGAAGUCUUGCAUGGACGGUUGAUGCCCAGGGUGCAUUCCGUGUAAACUUCACGCCGAAGAUAAUCUGAGGUAGUGUUGCUGUGCGCCAAGUGAGGUCAACUUGUGCGCCGGCUGAUCGUGGGCAUUUCAUUAAUAGCGGGGUUUUUAAAAAUAAAAACUUGCUAAAAAGGCGUGUAGUUGAUGAAUAAGAUGUUUUGCUGAUGAGCAAUGAUGAGUUUUGUUAUACUGUUGUAUCACAAGUUAUAACCACCAUUUAGUAAUAUUACACUGACCAGGAACACAAAUUUCUCGAGUCGCUAAACUUAAAGAAUUAUAGAGGCCAAUCCAAAUACCAGGAGAUUAUUAAUACUCAAAGUCUCGCUUAUUAAACAUUUGAUGCUGCGCCAACCACCAAAACUCAAAACUUGUGUGCCAAUGUCGAUGUGAUUGUGCGCCAACAAUUCAAAACUCACGCCGAAGAUCUUCCACAAAACGUGCAUGGAAUGCACUCUGGGUUGAUGCAUUACAUGAUGGCGUCCCUAUAUAUGCCUAUGCAGUCUCUUAAUAUUAUGCCUGAUGGUUUGCUGACAAACCAGAUCAUACUCUGACAAUUUCUGCUAUUUUCAAUCCCUUCUUGCAUUUCAUAUUGUUCAAUCUGAUAUAAAUCUGCAAGUUAUACUGUAAUAAAGCAGUGUGCAUUGGUUUAACGAGUCAACUAGUAGGCACAUUAUUUGUCAGAUUUUUUGUGUUAAUCCAUUGAGCAGCAGCAAUCCCCUCUUGACGAGUAAAAUAAUCAGCUGUUUGACAGAGUAUUAAGUUAGUAAUAAAGCUGGGUGCAUCAGGGCACAAUGCAGAUUAAACGGUUAACAUGCUCAAUUUUUUUUACAGCUGUUAUCGUGACAGACAAAGCAAAUAUCUUACUUCGAUGUCUACACCAACAGUGGGAAAAUAAGGUAUUAAUAAAUAAAACAUUCUUUACAGCAGAUGCUGGUUGCUUGCAAAAUAACAACAGUUUGAAAUGCAUGUGUAGUUGUUUUCCUAAUUGCCUCAUUUUCAUGUGACUAUUUCCUCGUGUAUCCUGCACAAUAAGUUUCAGGAUAGGUUUGUGAUUGGGCUCAAGAUUAAAGAGAAUUUUAGCCUGCGAACAGGCUCUCAAGCUGAAUUGAGAGCCUGCAUCGAUGACUAAUGAAUUUGAAUAUCUGCGUCUCAAAUCGUGACGCGAAAUUCUCAUUGGUCAGAUGCUAUAAUUUAUAUAUUUCCGCUGAGCUCUAUAUGUCAACUGCUGAAAGCACUAUGCAUAAAAAAACACAUUAACUGAUCAAAUUGGUCUUGGCAGUCUUAUAUCAAGGCACGAAAUGUUCUGUUUUGAGAAAACAGUAUUUAAAACAUUUGAACUUUUGCUUGAAUAUCUUAUAUUUCGAAAAACAGUAUAAACUGUACGGUCUAAAUUUAGUUUGCACGGUCUAAAUUUAGUUUGCACGAAAGUUGUAAACAACACCAUAUAAGGAUAGACAUUCCAUAUUUGGAAAAACGAACGUUACGGGGCAGAUAUUCAAAUUCAUUAGUCAUCGAUGCAGGCUCUCAAUUCAGCCUGAGAGCCUGUUCGCAGGCUAAGAGAAUUUUUGCACAAAACAUAGGGAUAUAUCUUUCAUGUACAUUUCUUUGCUAUAAAACAAGCAAACAUGGAAACUGCACCUUUGGAGCAAAAGUGCUUUACCUGAGUAUGCUAUUUAAUUAGUCGCGGAAGGCGAGGUGAUUAAAAUACAAGCCUAUAUUUUAUUUACUGAGCCGAAGUGAAUGUAGGCUCGUAUUAUAAUUUCAGCGUUGAAAAUUAGUUUUAUUUAUUUAUAAAUACAACUAAUACAUGUGUUUAUUUUGUCAAUAUAAUUUGCAUAAACAAUUAACUUCCAUCUAAUUUACCUGGGAAAAGCAAUAUAGUUACUGCGCAGAGCAGUCUGAGCUGUAACUAUUGCCUCGGAGUUAUACUGAUGAGGGAGAAUGCUCAAAGGCCAUUUUUCAAUACUGACAUUAUACUAAAAAUAAUAGUUUUUCAAGUACCAUUGCAACUUUUUCUCCUUGAUAAGUUGAUGUACAAAUUGUUGUGUGUGUCUUGUAGCAACAACGAAAACGAGAUUCAACACGAGCAAGCUCGCCUCCUUCAGACUACAAAUCCCCCAAAAUACCAAGACGUAUGGAUCCAGGAGAAUGAAAGAGUCGAACUGUAACUUAUAAUUGUAUUAUAUAUUAUUUCUGUGAAUAAGGUGUUAAAAUUUAUUAAAUUCAGUAAAAGUAGAUUUAAGAUAAUCUAGCUCCUAUAAUUAGCGAUUAGACUAACCCCUAACUUUCAUCCCUAAAAGUAAAUGAUAGCCCCUUGACUUCUAGUUGACAAAUAUAUUAAUUUAAAAGGCUGAGUCUGAUAGUCUCGAACUUGUUACACAAUGGAACUUCCAUGUCGACCAUGUCAUUAUGAAAGCCAACAAACAUCUGUAUAUUGUCUGGUUCAACAUAAACGUGCAAAUGUUCUCGAGGCAGAUAUUUUUAACUUUUAUUGCACCUGUAUUACAUACACCCUGGAAUACGCAUUGCACAGGUAUUUCACCACUCUUUACCAAAGACCCAAAGUACAAAAAUGAUCCUUGGCUAUAAUUUACAGAGGACAGCCAUAUUUAGAAAGCCUGCAACAAUCUGGACUAAACUCCUUAUCGGUCCGAAAACAAACACUGUGUGAAAAGCUUUUCUGUAAAAUAUCAACUGACAAGUGACCAUAAACCCCAUGCACUGCUGCCGCCAAAACACCAAGCGAAGUAUAACUUAAGAGUUAAGACAUAAACGCCCCUAUGAUCUUCCAAUGACUAACACUAACCGAUUUAGGAACACAUUUGUACCAUCCAAACUACACUGUAAUAAUAAUUGAGUAGAUUUAUCUCGUUAAGUAAACAUGUGUAAUAUUGAAAAUUAUAUAGUAUUGUAAAAAUCUACCUAGUUAAGCCGGCGUGGCCGCAAAGUAGCUUUUAAUAAAAUAUCUAUAUAUUUAUUCAAUCUAUCUAUCUAUUUGUAAACCCGGGGCGAGGGUAGUUAUUAUUCGACGGUCAUGGCUGGGCAAAAAAUCUGAAAUUUUCAACAGGUCCGGGUGGGCAAAAAAAUCAGAAAAACUUUCCCCACCUAGCACCUGUCGAAAAAAUUUUUGCCCUUCCCGGAGGGUGGGAAAGGGUAUUUUCGUGAGCCGUGAAUGGUCAAUAUUUGUUCGCGUGAAAUGUGAAAUGCUUGAUUUUAGUGUCGUGAAAUGUGAUUUGUUCUACAGCCGUGAGGCGUGAUUGUUGAUAAAAAUGGUCCGUGAAAUGAGAAUUAAGGAUGCCUGUUUCGCGAACUGUGAUUAUUAUAGUGAUUAUUAUAAUAAACAUAAUAAACAAGAUAAAACAAUUUUAUCUUGUAUUAAAUACAGAACUGGAC